AAACAUGAGGGGGCCGAUGAUGGCGGAAGACGACCAGAACGCGGACGAGAUGGUGCCGAUCCCCGUGCAGAUAUUUCUGUGGACGCAGUCGUCGCCGUUCGUGCGGCCACGACUUGGAAAGGUCCACGAUGCUGCAUGUAUGUUUUGCCAACGAGCACAAGGCCAUCACGAGCUAAAGGAGGCUUGUAAGUCAUUCGAAAAGGUCCUGGUUCAAAACUUGCGUUUUGGCCUAUCCAUCAGUCUCUCGCAGGCGAUAGAAGCGAUCCCGCGAUGGCGUUUUGUUCAAGCUUCUCUACCACACGUUAUGCACUCGUUAGCUGCCGUACUACACAACAGGGUAAAAGACAAUAUGUCAAGCCUCGGCAAUGUGGAGACGAAACUUCUGUACACAAUGCACUGGAUCAUACUUGAUGCAUCUGACGAGUGCUCGGAGGCCGACUAUGAAGCUGGCAUUUUUCACACAAACCCUUUCCACUACCUGUUCUCCAUUCCUAUAAUGACGCUAUUUGUUUUUCUAUUUGCUCCGAUCGCAGGUAACUUAAAAGAGUCAGAUUUCACAAAUAACUUCCGUUUGGAGAAUGGUCUGAAGAUUUGGCAAGGCUUUUGGGAGUACAGGCACCCUGAUGCCCCCUGUUUCACCACACUUGUGAAGCCCAAACCAAAACCUUUAGGGAGUAAAGUUACCAAAAGACCACAACAUGGAGAUGUGUUUUUAGGACGUAAACCUUCAAAAGAGGAUGGGGGAACAUUAAAUGGUAGCCCUCCAAGUCAAACUGUAUCUAUGUCCCAAUCAGAGGUUCCAUCUAAACAAGGUAGUACAGAGGAUGAGCCAUGGCUUUCAUCUCCAAAAGACACCAUAUUCCCAGAAACUAUACCAGAAGAAAGCUCAAGUACUGAAGAGGAGCAUGUGUUUAUUUAUCGUCUGCCGAGCGAGGUAUGCAGUGGGGCUGUAAAAGAAGCAUAUACAGUGUAUUCUGCUGAUCCCAGUCUCUUUCAAGUUCGUAAAGCUGAUGGAACUAAACAGCCAAUUCCAGGCAUCAAGCCACUGCCACAGGUCACAAAGAUGAGCUCAUCAGAUAAGGAGUCUCUGUCGGAUAGUGGUUCCGCCUCGAAGCCUAAACCAACACCGAGUCCCAUGGACAAACCGUGUUCAGCUAAGCAGGCACAUGUAUCAUCAGCUACUUUCCUAGACGUCGCCACGCUUAGGUGCCUGUUCACGACGCAGUGGACCGAGGAUGGCGUCCACUGGGCCCUGCACUACCUAUACAACAGAUUACGCGACAUAUGCGAUGACCUAUCUAAACAAACACAACCGAGAAGAAGAAGUAAUUCCCUGCCCAUUCCCAAAAUAGAAGUUUCCAUAUAUCAAAGCCCCGAAAUGAAGAAAAGGGAUUCUCUAAAAAACUUAAUGGAAGCCCCCGAUUUAAAGGAGUCCCCGGUUACAGAGAUAUCUUACCCGCCCGCUUCCCCCAAACUCGAGGAAGAACCCCUGACGAGACGUGCGAGUGAAAAAGUUAAAAGGAAAAUGAAAAUGGCCGAUCUCAAAGCUUUUGUAGAAACAAAAAUGUUCUCGAAAUCGGAAAAGGCAUUAGAGAAAAUUGGACACGAUGAUCACAAGUUCAGUUUUCAUACUGCCGUAAGAAUGCUAUCUGAGUAUCAUAGAAGUUUGGAUAAUAAUGAAGAUAGACCGAAUUCUGCUUUAGGAUCUCAGUUCCCGGCGAUAGCCCCUCAUCUAACCGGCGACCUCCUGCCCUGUAAUCUGAUCAAAGGCAAAAGUAUGCCUAGUCUUAGCUGUCUGAUAGACGAGCUAGCCUCCAAUGGGUACAUUGGAGAGAUAAAGACGGAGCGAGCGCACGGGUAUGCGGGUGCUAUGCCCACAAACAUGCAAAAGAAGAAGAAUCCGAUUAUAACCGUCACGGAGCACACGCCCACUCCGUCACCGGACUAUCUUUCCAAAACUCAACAGGGCUCGCUAGAAUCGCAGAUGGACUCCGUGAGCAUGGUGGGCUCGCCGCACAUGGUCUCGCCGGAGCGCAAGCCGAGCCUCACGCGCUCGCAGACCGACUCCAACAUCACGUACGUCGUCGAGGAGGUGCAGGAGGCGCCCGGCUCCAUACACUACAUCACUAAAGACGGGGAAAUUGACUUUCAAGUCGUGUUAAAGGCCGUUUACUCAGUAUGUGUAAUGGACAGUCACUACAUAUCGAUUCGCGUGAUGGAAGUAAUACUGAACCUGGUCGACACGCUCAUGGAGUUGGGGGUCCAUAAGAACUGGAACAGCACCAACGUUGAAGACAACCUGCCUGGCAGUGUCGACCCCUUCACCGAGUUUAUGAAGGAUAAGGAUAACAAGGGUAGAGACUCCGGGCUACCUUGCGCGCAGAGCCAAGAUUCUACGAACGUGGACACCGGCGACAGCACCAAGGAAAAGAGAGAGGAAGAGGACCUGGACUGCCCUUAUUAUAUGUUACUGCAUAUCAUUCUCAGGUUACUCCGCCAGCUAGGCUGUUCUCACGGCUGCGCCACGGCUCUCCGCUGCCCCAUCGCUGACACCCUUCGAAUCCAAGCCAAGAAGUCCCUUCGGCAACUGAGAACAGCAUCUGUCUCCAAGUUUACGCUGAGACUGAAGGAGAUGACGAAGUUUGCUCCUAUUAAAGAGGUGUUGGAUAACCUGCACUCUACCAUCGGGUUUUGCGCCGAGCCAUCAAUGAUGGUAUCGCCUAUGAAUCAACAAAAGCGCAACAUGUCCAAGUCGCCGGACAUGAGCCACCUGCAGAGCGGGUACGCGACCAACUUCGGCGCGGGCCAGGGGCCCAACGACAACCGCGCCGUCGAGACCUUCGUCGUCGAGUCCACCUUCCGGGUGCUCGUCACCAGGUUCGCCGCCAUGCACAAGGAGCUCAAGAUGCUCGACAAUGCGAACCUGUACUUACAAGUGCGACUCCUACUGAGCUACGUUCACGAAGUCCACGGCGGGGAGUUCCGGGUGGUGGCUCUGAGCGGGCUGCUCGACACCGCGGAGCGCCCAGACAGCCAGCCGAAGGAGGCCAACAUGCAGACCACUCGCGUCAUAAGGCAUAUACCUCGCAGUCAAGACGACGAGCGCGGCUCUGACACAGGGGCGGACUCGGGCUGCGCUGCCGAUGACAGGAGUCAUAAGAAGUUCAACUUCAAGAAGAGGAGCACUUCAUCUACGGGGGCACAUAGUCUACUGGAGACCGAGGGUGGGUCGGAGUCGGCCAGCCAGUCGCCGCUGUCGGUGCGCACGCGCCGCUACCCGCUGACGCCGCGCCAGUCCGAGCGCACCAUCCCCUCCACCUCGUCAGCUGACAUGACGCCCCACCAUAAGAUAUCGCACGCCAAAUCUGUGCCCUCCAAGUUCCACUUCAGCGGUUUAGUGAACUGGUUCCGGCAUAAGCCGCAAUCGGCGUCUCUGCUGCGUAACGGCGGCGGUUCCGGCGAAUCUCUGCCCAUUUCUGGCAGCAUGAUCUCACUGGCGCGGCCAAAUCUCGCCGCGCAGCCGAUACCUAGCCGCCCCGUCCACGUCAAACGCCGCGUCGGCUACACGCUUAAUAGAGCUCGCAAACGAGUCGAAGACAGAUUGAACCGAUUUGGUCUCAGAAAGAUGGGGAAGAAAAGAGACGGCAGCAUCGAGGAAACUAGUGGCGGAUAUAUGUCCCGCCGCGGCUCGGCCGAGGGCGGCUCGGGCGGCGGCGAGUCGGAGGUGGUGGUGUUGAAGCGGCGGCGGCUGGUGGCGGCGGCGCCUCUGUACGCGGGCCUGGCGCGCUUCAGCUUUCUACUCGACGCCACACAGCCCGGUGCCACGCCUGAUGCGCUCUUCAUGGCCGCACUGCUGGACUUGCCUAACACGGUGGUGGUCGGUAGAGCCGCGAUGCUACUGGAGUGUGCACAUUUGGUCCACAACUGCAACAAAGGCCAGUGGCCCUACUGGUUGAAGUCCAAUAUGUCUAAAGCAACCGUCACUACGAGUCCGCACCUGAAAAGACAACGUUUAGCUGCAAAAUUAUUUUAUCAAUGGGCUGAAGCUAUAGGAAACCGGUUGGAAGAGAUGUUGAUAGAAGACAAAAAAUACAUAGACAACGUGAUCAACGUGGUCACCGACCCUGACGGACAACGCGACCUGCUGCAGCAGGACGAGGAGGAGGACUUCCUCGACGAAGCGAGCCUGCGAGCGGCGGGCGGGCCUGUGGGCGCGGCGUGCGGGCGCGCGCUGCGGCUGGUGGCGUGCGUGCUGCUGUGCGAGAUCACGGCCUUCCUGCGCGAGUCCUACCAGAACCUGCCCAAGUCCUGCCGCGCCUCGCUCAAGGAGCGAGGGCCCUGGGACCGCGUCUAUAGGGAAGCGAACCGGCGGUGGAGCAUGGCGCUGUCCUCGAUGGGGCACUCGCAGGCGUCGGCGCAGAGCCUGCAGUCCAUCGCGGGCGCUGAACCUGAGCGCAAGAUCUCUUUCGUCAUCCACGAGCCCGAAAAUGUCUCUGGCGGGAGCAACGUCACGUUGGCGGACGCAAUCCCGCCCGUAGACGACAAGAAGGGGCGGCUAGGGUCUCGCGGGAAGGCGUGCCUGCACCGCCGCAGCACGCAGCAGCACCAAGCCUACGGAUCUUUCAAGCGACGCUCGAUCAAGCUCCGGCAGAAGGACGCAAGGGAAGUCGACGAAUUUGUUAAUCGGCGCUCUGAAUCAAUACAAAGCAGGCGAAAGGUAUCGUCCCUUUCUGACAGGAGUGACACAUCUGAAAUAUAUCCCCCUGCAGGGGGCACAGUAAUUAUGCCAAACGAGGUGGACAGUGGAGGGGAGGAGAGCCCCGGGGUGCUGUCGGACGACCACGACCACCCGCCGGACAGUCCGGAUAGCAACUCCACCGAUCCACCUGAUAAUAAUAAGGGUUUCCCUUGGCUUAAGGUUAUGGUAAAGUUCCUUAACUCGUUCAACUACGUAUGCUGCCACCAAAACUUCUGCCAUCCGUACUGCUUCCGUCGCAACAUGCGCGCCAGCGCCCGCCUUAUGAAGUCCGUCCAGAAGAUAUAUGGGGAGAAGUUCGGUCCUGAAGUGAACGCUACGAACAGUGAAGAUGGACUUGGCGGGGCGCGCCGAGGGCGCCGCACUCGCAAGUCUUCGGAACACGCUACUGAUAGAAUCGACAGGUCCGUGAUAGAAAGCGCGGGGCUGGCGUACCACGCGGCCGGGGUCGAGGCUGCAGCUAAGGCCGCGGAGCCCGCCGCCGCGCCCAUGACCUCCGCUUACCCGCCGGCCGAGCCGCCCGCCAUACUCAAGUACCUCAAGGGGCAGGUCCGCGACGCAUAUCACGCGCCGCUGGCGGCGCUGAUUAAAGGCGCCUGCACGAUGGACGAGCAGCUGUUUGCCGAGAGCGCCGCGGUGGCGUGGCAGCUCCUACUGGAACCGGACCGGGAGCUGAGCGCCUGCGCCGCGUCGCUCUUCAUACUUGCCGCCGUGAAAGCGCCCCUCACCGCUUCGGAGAUCAUGCACAACGACUUGAAGCACACCGACCCCGCGGUCAGAAUCAAGGCGAUCCUAAAAUUCCAAGUGAUGUGGAAGCUCCGCUACCAAGUGUGGCCGCGCAUGGAGGAGGGCGCCUCCGUGACGUUCAAAGUGCCUCCCCCCGGCAUCGAGUUCACGCUGCCCUCGCCGAAGAUAGGGAUCGAGUCGCUGGCCGUCGUGGACCCGCCGUGGACGCCGCAGGUCAAGGACAAGGAUAUGGAGAUGACCUUGAACCAGGAGCGGCAUCGAUCGCUAGUAACAGCGACCAAGACCCGCAAGAAGCAGCAGACGGAGGCGAUCAAGCGCGCGCUGCAGCAGCGGAACGACAAGAAGCGCGCGGAGCGGGAGAGCUUCCUCAUCACCACCAUACCCAUCACGAGGCAGGCGGCGCGCGAGCCCGCGCUCGACCAUGCCGCUGACGACCACAUCGAACCGCCAGCCGACGAGGAGAUAUCGGAAGGCGUCCGCGGCUCGCACCACACGCAGGUGGCGUCGGCGCUGUUCCCGUCCGCGCUGUGCUCGGCCGUGGCCGAGAUCGUGUCGCUCCUGGACGACGCGGCGGUCUCCGCCGAGGGCUGCUCCGUCUACGAGGUGGCCUAUCAGGUUAUAUGGGGCUGCUUAGUCGAAGAUUCAGCCUUAUUCCUCCGCCACGUACUGGAACGUCUGACGCGCGAUCACCAAGACGAGAUGUUCAAGUUGCUCCGACACCUCAUCCGCUUCAUACCGCGGCUGCCGCAACAAGCCGCUUUCGCUUUAUACAACUACAUCAUUGGAUAUGUCAUGUUCUACAUCAGGUCGCCGCAUGAGGAGGGACAAAGGCUCAUUGGGGCGGCUCUUUCUAUUCUUUGGAUGGUUGUCCAUAGCGUGCACGGUAUAAUGUUUAAAGAUCUAAAACAAAUUUUACGCAAGGAGCAAUGUGACGCGUCUAUUUUGCUUACUGCCAACGUGCCCGCAGCCAAGAAAAUUAUUGUACACGGACCAGCUGACAAUGAGGGUUGUAUUCCAUCACAGUUCCCAAUUCAAGAAGACACUCAGUUUGGUCAAAUAUUAAAGGAAUCGCUAGAUUUCUUUGGAAUACCGGAGAACCUACAUAACGAACACUUCCUGGUUGAUUUUAAAACUCGUCAGAUCCACAACCCGCAGUCGUACGUGCGCGACUGGUACUUCUUCAAGCGCUCGCAGUACCCGCAGCUGGGGCUGGUGCACAUGGCGGCGGACGUGGCCUUCGACAAGCUGCAACAGCAGGAGCUGCUCUCCAAGUUCGUGGAGAUCGGCAAGGUGCUGCUCACCUGGGCCAUUCUGAAGAACGUUGACAUGGUGGUCCAACGAGUGGUGUUCCUCCACGACGAGCUGAUGAAGCUGCCAGCAUUCCCACGCAAGGCGCUCGAGGCUGACCUGCAACUGUACAGCAGAGGGGCGCUCGGCUCCACGCUACUCGGCUUGGAUGUGCUACACAAGUUUAUGUGGGUCCGCCUCAUAGCGCGCAUGUUCGAGGCCAUGGCGGGCAACUUCACGUCGUCGCGCGACAUACACCUGUUCCUCAACGUGCUGAACGGCGCGCUCAUGCUGCAUAGCGAGGACUCGCUCAUACUCCGAUAUGUCAUCGCUACUUACGUCAAUGCUGCGUUCAAUUUUAAGAACAUCUUUUCUACUAAUGGAUACCUUCUCAUCAUGCCGACACUGCUUCAGAUCUAUUCAAAUUACCAAACGAACAAGCUAGUGACCACAACGAUAGAGUACGCGGUGAAGCAGUUCUACUUACUGAACAGAAAGCCGUUCAUUCUGCAGAUGUUCGGCUCCGUCUCCGCCAUAUUGGAUACUGACGAGGAAUCAGCCUAUGGUGAUGCCAGUAAGGUACAAUCGAGCUGCCUCUUCAACCUGCUGCUAAGCCUAGAGACGCCUUCCCCCGACCCGCUUCACAUCGCUGAACUGAUCAAAGAGGAAAAGCCGCUCAAACCCAUCGACUUCUGCUACCGGGACGAGGACGAGAUGGUCAACGUGCUGGACUGCAUCAGCCUGUGUGUCAUGGUCGUCUCAUACUCCGCUGAGAGUAUGCGGGGCUAUCAGAUGCUUAUAAUACUGGAAGCGAUAUUGCCGUGCUACGUGAAACAGAUUCAAUUACCAACAUACAAUAGAGAAGGAAAGACUGAGAAAGAGAUCAUACAACAACUGGCGAUUGCUAUCAAGACUCUUGUCAAUAACUGCGAAGGAUUGUCAAAGUCGUAUAACGGUCCGUACCGCACGUCGCCCGAGCACAAGGGCUCGUCGCAGCGAGGAGUUCGCACGGCGCCCACCUCGCAGUUCAAGGGGCUCGACGGGCUCGAGGACGAGUCGCACUCGCGCUACGUCAGCGACCACUCGCGCGCGCAGCCCGCGCCCGAGUACACCGGCGCUGAGGACUCGGAGUUAAUACGGGCAGAAUACCGUCGUCCGCGAGAUGUGUUGCUGUCGCUGGUGGGAGACUUCAUCGGUCGCGCGACGACGCGGCUGCUCGACCUCAACGGCUCCAAGGGCAGCGGCGGCAGCGAGGGCAAGCCGGUCGAGCUGCUCGACUGCAAGUCACAUGCCCGGCUGGCAGAAAUCGCGCACUCGCUGCUGAAGGUCUCGCCGUAUGACCCUGAAUCAAUGGGCUGCCGCGGCCUGCACCGCUAUAUGACUCAGGUGCUUCCAGCAGCGGACUGGGCUGAUGACGCCCUCCGUCCCUCUCUUAUUAUGAUCCUAAGGCGCCUGGAUAAAGUCUUCCUAAAGAUUGCCAAGAAACCUAGCAUAAGGCGCAACACCGACUGGGACUCUGCGGCAGUGUUACUCAAAGGUGUCUACGAAACUAUGAUACGAUGUCCGUACGUCAUGCAUUGGCAGCAAGUUAAGACUUUACUUAACACUGUUCAAGCUCUUAUCGUAUCGGAAAACAACAGCGGCGAGAACUUGUCGUCUGCGACAGCGGCGCUGAUGUCGCAGCCGCCGCCGCCGCACUUCUGCAGCACUGUCGUGCGGCUUAUAGCGCUUCAAGUCAUCAAUACUGGAGACAGCUACUCGUUGGAGCAAAUGUGCGGUGGCAGCGCUAUAUUUCAGUCAGCGGAGAAGACUGAAAACAUGCUAAUGAAUCUAUUUAUGCCUCUUUGUUUACGAGUGGGAAGCGGGCGGAAAGACGUGCCCCCGCUGCGGCAGUCGGACGUGUCGUACAUCGUGUCCGUGGUGCUGAGCGCGCUGUGCCCGCCCGCCGCGCCGGGCCAGCUGGCCGCCGUCAACGCCAAGCUCAACGCGGCCGAGGCGCGCGCCAACUCGCUCACCUUCACCGGCAGUCGGGACACGCGCAACACGACCAAGCUGUCCCACCAGCUCUACAAGAUCGCCUUCCUAGCCCUAAAAGUGCUGUGCGCAUGCUUCACCUCGGAGCUCUGUUCGGAGUGGGGCCGGAUCGCGCGUGCCAUGCGAGACCUAGGGCGCCGGAACGAGGCCGCGGCGCACCUGUGGGACUUCCUCGAGCACGUCGUCACCUACCGCACGCCGCUGUUCGUGUUGCUGCUGCCGUUCAUUGUACACAAGCUAUCCCAGCCGCCCAUCGGCGACAACGAGCGGCACAUGCAGUUCGUGGUGCGCGAGCGCGUGCGCGGGCUGAAGCUGCCCGCCGCGCGCGCGCGCGGCGCGCUGCUGGCCGAGCUGGCGCGCGACCUGCGCACGCUGCGCGACAAGCACGACCACUGCAAGUUCGAACAAAUAGCUGAGAAUAUAAGCGCGGGCGGCAAGCGCGCGUCUGAAGUGUACGGGCGCACGGGCGACAAGGCAGCGCAGCACCGGCCCUCGCUCAUCUCCAUGCUGGUGGGCCGCUCCGGCCUGCCGCGGACCCCCGACCACCCCUCCGCGCCGCUCUCGGCAAGGAGGAUUAAUGUGAUCUUCAUUGCAGAGUCGGUGUCGAGCAGUUCUACGACGAGCCAGCACCUGGUCGGCUUCGACCUGCCGAGUGCGCGCGCCGACAACGGGAAUAGUCAUUCCAAUAUAGGGUCAUCGACGUACGGCAGUGAUACCAAAACGGCCAGCACGCCAUCAUACAGCACUACACAGACUAAACUGCGUUUCGUCUCUUCCGUCGAGUUUAAAUUCACCACCGGUGAGACCUCCCAAACCCCUCUCUCCCCGCUGUCCCCCGGCGAGUGGUCGUGCGACCGCAGCGGCGAGCACGACGACGACCGGCCGCGGCUGCAGCGCGCGCACGGGCCCUCCAAGAAAACCUUCAAGUUCCGCCGCAGCCGGCACGCCAAGCCCGAGCAGCAGAGCUCGCGGCUGGAGUCAGACGAUUGCUCGUCCCCGGGCCCCGAGAGCACGCCGGCGCGGCGCGCCUGGCCGCCGCUGCUGGCCCCCGCGGCCAUCAACACGGACACCUCGUACGACAGCGAGAUCUCGCAGACCUCCUCCACGUCGGGAUACAGGCAUGACAGAGAGAGCUACAGCCUGCAGGCGUCGAUGACGGAGUCUCCGGGCGGCUCGGCGGCGCGCGCGGCGCUGGCGUCGCCCGAGCCGCCCUCGCAGCGCACGGCCACGCCCGAGGCCAGCCCCGACGCAUCUAUAAGCGAAUCGGGCACGUCGUCCGCCGAGCGCACGGCGCUGCUGGGCGCGGCCAGCCAGCGCUCGCUCCUGCUCAGCAGCGACCUGCGCGACGAGGACACACUGCUGUAGUCACCUCACCUGCA